UAACCCCCCUGCCCUCCCGUCCGGCCCAGGCCCGGCAGCCAUGGCGGUGGAAGGAGGAAUGAAAUGUGUCAAGCUCUUGCACUACAUUUUUCUGCUGGCCUUUUGCGCCUGUGCAGUGGGACUGAUCGCUGUGGGUAUAGGGGCCCAGUAUGUCCUGAGUCAGACUAUCAGCCAAGGGGCCACUCCUGGCUCCGUGUUGCCUGUGGUCAUCAUUGCAGUGGGUGCCUUCCUCUUCCUGGUGGCCAUUGUGGGCUGCUGUGGCGCCUGCAAGGAGAACUACUGUCUUAUGAUCACAUUUGUCAUCUUCCUGUCUCUUAUUGUGCUGGUGGAGGUGGCCGCAGCCAUUGCUGCCUAUGUGUUUAGAAACAAGGUGAUGUCAGAAUUUAAUAAGGACUUCCAGCAGCAGAUGAAGAAUUAUCCCAAACAGAACCAGACAGUUUUUAUCCUGGACAGGUUGCAGAAAAAAUUCAGGUGCUGCGGGGCGGCUAACUACACAGAUUGGGAGACCAUCCCUCUUGAGCCGAAGGGCCGUGUCCCUGACUCCUGCUGCAUCAAUGUCACUCAGAACUGUGGGAUUAAUUUCAAAGUGAAUGAAAUCCAUACCGAGGGCUGUGUGGAGAAGAUUGGGGUCUGGCUGAGGAGCAAUGUGCUGGUGGUGGCUGCAGCAGCCCUGGGCAUUGCCUUUGUGGAGAUCCUGGGAAUUGUCUUUGCCUGCUGCCUUGUGAAGAGUAUCCAAAGUGGCUAUGAAGUGAUGUAGGGAAUCUGGUCUUUUUUGCCCCUCAUCUGGGAGAGUAGGGUAGUCUACUCCACAUUUUUCAAUUAAACGGAUUAUUUUUUCAGACCGAAAA